UCACGGUUCUGCCCUCGAUGCGCCUCGCUCUUCCGCGAAGCAUCCCGAAGUCCCUCGCUUUCAGCUCUUCGAAGGAAACGCUUAAACCCCUCGACUGCUUCCUCGGAGAGCAACGCACAGCCCAUACCAGCAAUGGCGGCCGAUGCUUCAGCAGCCCUAUCAGUAAGGCAGACAGUUAAGAAGUUUCUCGAUGCUGCUCGGACGGGGAACCUCGAUCUCUUCAAGAAGCUGGCAAUGCAGCUAGAUGAUGGGAAGGGGUUGGCGAAGACGGUUGCCGACGUGAAAGAUGCGAACAAGAGGACGGCGCUUCACUUUGCGGCGAGGGAGGGGAGGACAGAUGUUUGCAAGUACUUGCUCGAGGAGUUGAAGCUUGAUGUCAAUAUGAGGGAUGAUGAUGGAGAGACUCCUCUUAUUCAUGCUUCUCGACAAGGGCACUUUCUCACUGCAAAGUAUCUUCUUGAGCAAGGGGCAGAUCUUUCUGCUUCCAGUGAAUUAGGUGCCACUGCUCUGCACCAUGCCGCCGGAAUAGGAAACAUUGAGCUGUUGAGACUUCUACUCUCCAAAGGGGUUGAUGUGGAAUCACAAAGUGAUGCUGGCACUCCCCUAAUAUGGGCUGCUGGUCAUGGACAACAAGAUGCUGUCAAAGUUCUGUUAGGACACCAUGCAAAUGGAUCUAGCAGUGUGCAUGGUAGCUAUAUUGCUGCAUGGAGAUGGAAUGACUUCAGCAACAUCAAUUCAGAUCACAGCAUCUCACGUGUACUUCCGAAUGCUGAAACAGAUGAUAAUAUUACUCCAUUAUUGUCAGCUGUUGCAGCUGGAUCACUUCCAUGUCUGGAAUUACUAAUUCAGGCAGGUGCUAGUCCUAAUAUUAGUGCAGGUGGAGCAACUCCAUUGCAUGUUGCUGCUGAUAAUGGGAGCAGAGAAGUUAUUGAUUGCCUAUUAAAAGCUGGAGGAGAUCCAAAUAUUUGUGAUGAUGAUGGUCUAAAGCCUAUACAAGUUGCUGCUUUGAGAGGUAACCGUGGAGCUGUAGAGAUUCUUUUUCCAUUGACAUCUCCUGUUCCCAAUAUUUCAAACUGGAGCGUUGAUGGAAUUAUUGAAUAUAUGCAAUCUGAGGCAAAGGAGGAACAGGAAAAUAUGGAGGAAGCUAAAUUGCCAAAAGAUGCCAAUGUACAAAAACCGGAGACUGUUGAGCUUGUGCAGGUGACACCUGAAGCGAAAAAGAAAUCUCUGGAAGCUAAAGCAAGAGGCGAAGAUGCCUUUAAAAGAAAAGACUAUCAAAUGGCAGUAGAUGCUUAUACACAGGCUAUUGAUCUGGAUCCCAAUGAAGCUACUUUGCUCUCAAAUAGAAGCCUUUGCUGGAUACGUCUUGGACAAGGUGAGUGUGCCUUGGCUGAUGCCAAGGCUUGCAGAACUCGGAGACCAGACUGGCCCAAGGCUUGCUAUAGAGAGGGUGCAGCACUGCGUUUAUUACAACGGUUUGAUGAGGCAGCAAAUGCCUUCUAUGAAGGUGUGAAGCUUGAUCCUGAAAACAAGGAGCUUGUAAAUGCUUUCAGGGAAGCUGUGGAAGCUGGAAGGAAAUUUCAUGGCACAGACAAGCAAGAACAAUGAGACAUUUUUUAACCGGGAGGACCUGCCAGGAUUGUGAAGGCUUCCUGUAUUUUUCUUCUGAUGCACACUUUUUUUUUGAAAUUUCUUUUACCGAUCUGCCCUUUUUUUUUUCUGAUGUCCUUAUAGGUGUUCCUUUUUCGGGUGGAAUAUAGGCAUAUUUAAAGGAGUAUGCAUGGAACGUGUGAAAAGCCUGUGUGAUUUAUAAAUCUUUUAGGAAGUAGUGAAUGCAUCCAUCUUUAGUCAGGUUUCCUCUUCCCACCCCUCUCUUUGGUUUUGGACGGUUGUUUUGGGGCGAUUGGGUGGAUGUGGUGAUGUUUCUUGAGGUAUGGAUGGGACUUGAUGAUAUAAUUUUGGAAAAUGCUUGCCCCUUAUUUUGUUUGAUAUGUUU